AUGGCUUCUUAUGAGCCCCUGCUUCCUUCCAGCCCUAAACUGAGGAUUUCCCUCAUCACCUACUCCUCAGUCAGCUAUGUCCUUCUGCCACUCACCUCCGACAGAGCCCACAACUAUCCCAACAACUACCACAACGACCACAAAGCCUACCACAACGAGGAGGACAACAAGGAGGACAACCACAACCACAGUGCCUACAACAAGGAGGACAACGACAACAACGAGGAGGACAACGACAACAACAACGACGACGACGACAACGACAACGACGACGACAACGACAACGACGACAACAACCACGACGACAACAACGAGGAGGACGACGACGACAACCACGACAACAACGACAACGACAACCACUACGACAACUACGACAACCACGACGACAACAACGACAACGACAACGACGACAACAACGACAACCACAACCACAACGACAACCACGACAACCACGACGACGACGACAACAACAACGAGGAGGACAACACCAACAACGACGACAACGACAACCACGACGACGACGACAACAACGAGGAGGACAACACCAACAACGACAACAACGACAACCACGACAACAACAACAACCACGACAACAACAACAACCACGACGACGACGACAACGACAACAAGGAGGACAACGCCAACAACAACAACCACCACCACCACAGUGCCUACAACUGUCACAACAAGGAGGACAACAACGACAACAAGGAAAACAACAACCACAACGAGGAGGACAACAACCACAACGAGGAGGACGACAACCACGACUACGACUACAACGACUACAACUACUACAACGACGACUACGACAACGACUACUACAACGACGACGACUACUACAACGACAACUACUACUCCCACGACAACAACAACUACGACGACGACAACAACCACAGUGCCUACCACUGUCACUACAAUGACAACCACCACAACCACAGAAAAGCCUACAACUGUCCCAACAACUACCACAACAACCACAAAGCCUACCACUGUCACAACGAGGACAACUACAACUACAAUGCCUACCACAGUCAUGACAACACCAACAACAACCCAGAAGACCACCACCACCACAACAACAACACGGAAGACCACAACACCUACCACAGUCACGACAACCACCACCACCACCACCACCACCACCACCACCACCACAACAACACGGAAGACCACAACACCUACCACAGUCACGACAACAACAACAACAACAACAACAACACGGAAGACCACAACGCCUACCACAGUCACGACAACAACAACAACAACAACACGGAAGACUACAACGCCUACCACAGUCAGGACAACAACAACAACAACAACACGGAAGACUACAACACCUACCACAGUCAGGACAACAACAACAACAACAACACGGAAGACUACAACACCUACCACAGUCAGGACAACAACAACAACAACAACACGGAGGACCACAAGGCCUACCACAGUCAGGACAACAACAACAACAACAAGAAAAACAACAACAACAACACGGAGGACCACAACCCCUACCACAGUCAGGACAACAACAACAACAACAACACGGAGGACCACAAGGCCUACCACAGUCAGAACAACAACAACAACAAGAAAAACAACAACAACAACACGGAGGACCACAACCCCUACCACAGUCAGGACAACAACAACAACAACAACACGGAGGACCACAACCCCUACCACAGUCAGGACAACAACAACAACAAGGAAAACAACAACAACAACACGGAGGACCACAACGCCUACCACAGUCAGGACAACAACAACAACCACAACCCGGAGGACCACAAGGCCUACCACAGUCAGGACAACAACAACCACAACACGAAGGACCACAAGGCCUACCACAGUCAGGACAACAACAACAACCACAACACAAAGGACCACAAGGCCUAUCACAUUCUGGACAACAACACCAAAACCAUGGAGGCCCAUAAGGCCUAUCACAUUCUGGACAACAACACCAAAACCAUGGAGGCCCAUAAGGCCUAUCACAUUCUGGACAACAACACCAAAACCAUGGAGGCCCGUAAGGCCUAUCACAUUCUGGACAACAACACCAAAACCAUGGAGGCCCGUAAGGCCUAUCACAUUCUGGACAACAACACCAAAACCAUGGAGGCCCGUAAGGCCUAUCACAUUCUGGACAACAACAACAACAACAUGGAGGCCCGUAAGGCCUAUCACAUUCUGGACAACAACACCAAAAACAUGGAGGCCCGUAAGGCCUAUCACAUUCUGGACAACAACAACAACAACAUGGAGGCCCGUAAGGCCUAUCACAUUCUGGACAACAACAACAACAACAUGGAGGCCCGUAAGGCCUAUCACAUUCUGGACAACAACAACAACAACAUGGAGGCCCAUAAGGCCUAUCACAUUCUGGACAACAACAACAACAACAUGGAGGCCCAUAAGGCCUAUCACCUUCUGGACAACAACAACAACAACAUGGAGGCCCAUAAGGCCUAUCACAUUCUGGACAACAACAACAAGAACAACAACAACACGGAGGACCACAACCCCUACCACAGUCAGGACAACAACAACGACAAGAACAACAACACGGAGGACCACAAGGCCUACCACAGUCAGGACAACAACAACAAGAACAACAACAACAACACGGAGGACCACAACCCCUACCACAGUCAGGACAACAACAACGACAAGAACAACAACACGGAGGACCACAAGGCCUACCACAGUCAGAACAACAACAACAAGAAGGACAACAACAACAACAACACGGAAGACCACAAUGCCUACCACAGUCAGGACAACAACAACAACAAGAACAACAACAACAACACGGAGGACCACAAGGCCUACCACAGUCAGGACAACAACAACAACAAGAACAACAACAACAACACGGAGGACCACAAGGCCUACCACAGUCAGGACAACAACAACGACAAGGACAACAACAACAACACGGAAGACCACGCCUACCACAGUCAGAUCAACAACAAAGACAACAACAACCACAACACGGAAGACCACAACACCUACCACAGUCAAGACAACAACAACAACAAGGACAACAACAACCACAACACGGAAGACCACAACCCCUACCACAGUCAGGACAACAACAACGACAAGAACAACAACACAGAGGACCACAAGGCCUACCACAGUCAGAACAACAACAACAACAAGGACAACAACAACCACAACACGGAAGACUACAACGCCUACCACAGUCAGGACAACAACAACACGGAAGACCACAACACCUACCACAGUCAGGACAACAACAAUGACAACAACAACAAGGAAAACAACGACAAGGACAACAAGGAUUACCACAAUGCCUACCACUGUCAGGACAAGCAGGACGACAACAACGAUGAUGACAACAACCACAAUGACGACAACGAUGAUGACAAUCCCUACCACUUUCACAAAGACAACAACCUCUGUGACUACAGUUGUCACCCAGAGACCGGUUCCCAGCAAUCCUUUCUUGUAUGCUACAUUCAUCACCUCACUGAUUGUGAUCCCAUUGGUGCUUAUCUGUAUCUGCUGCUACACGAGGGUGAGUGA